AUGGAGUUCGACGACGACUUUGAGCUCCCGCCGAACUCCGACGAGGCUUCCCCUCCGGUCCGUGAAAAGAAGCUGAAGCGCCUAAAGAAAGGAGUUAGGGUUUCUCCAGAUCCACUCCUCGAUCAACCAGAGAGCGGCGCCGACCUCGAUUUGGAGGAAUCAAAUGAGCAAUCGAACUCGAGAACUGAAUCGGAGGGUUUGGGCGAUGAAGGUGAGAUGAAUCCUGGUGUUGAUUCUGAUGAUUUCGGCGGUGAAGGUGAAAAGGGAUCUGGUUUGGAAAUGAAUUCUGGUUUUGAUGAUUGGAGUGGGGAAGGUGAAGAGAGAUCUGGUUCUGAUGGUUUGGAUGGUGGGGGAGAUGCAUCUGGAGCUAAGAGGGCUUUGGAUUUUGAGUCUGUGGGUGAGGAUUUCGGCGAAGAGCGAAGCAAGGAGAUGGUGGAAGAAAGUAGGGAUACGACGAUGGAGGAGCCGGAGAAGAAACGGCGGAGUUCCGAUGACGGUGAUGAGGAGGAGGAAGAGAAGGACAAGAAGAAGAAGAAUAAGAGGGCCAAGAGUGGUGGUGAUGAUUCAAAAUCCAAAGAUGCGGCGGUCAAGAGCAAAAGGAGGGCUGAGAUGGAAAGACAGGAGCAUCUGAAGGAGCUCCAUGCCGAGACUCAGCGACUUUUGCGAGAAACAAGAGAAGCAGCAUUUAAACCUGUCCCAAUUGUUCAGAAGCCCAUAUCUUCAAUCCUGGAGAAGAUUCGGCGAAGAAAACUGGAGGUUUCAAAGAAGUCUAUGUCUAUGAGUUCUUCUGUUGAUGACAAUGGAUCUUCUAGACGGAUUAUGGAGGAGUUCAGUUCACAAGGUGCUCAUGUGGAUGUUACAGGAGGUAGUGGGGUAUUUAAAGCAGCAAUUGAGGAGCCGAUUGAAUGCCAGACUGAAAAAGGGAGUGGUACAAAUGUGAUGUGUUUGGAUGCUUCUAAUGAUCAUAUAGAUCAUUCCGGCCAUGAAAAUGUUUCUUCCCAGAUGGAUGUUGAUGAGGUAUCCAAGCAAGCAUUUCGAGCUCCUAUUGAUGAUACUCAGGAUUUGUUUUCUGAUUCCCAGACUACUGACUCUAAAGAUGAGAAUGAUACCCCCAGUAGUCCUUUGGAGGAGGUUUUUGCACCGUCCAAACUCGCAAUGGACUUGAAGUUAAAGCUUGAUUCCGCUCCCCCGGAUGAUAUUUCUUCCGAUGAGGAGGACAAUGACAAAGAGAAUGUCAAUCCUCAUUCCCCUGGAUUGGCUGAUUUGUCUUCAUCUCCAAUUCGUGAUCCUGUCAAAGCUUUUGUUGACGAUGAAGCUGAGGAAGAAGACGAUGGUGAUCAUGACCAGUUUCUGUUCCCAGAUAAAGAAGAAGAUGAGGCUGAUGAAGAUGUUGAGGAUCUUAAUGAUAUGAUAGCAACUGGAUAUGAAGAAAAGCCAAUUGAUGGUGAAAGGCGGAAUGAACUCCAUCAAAAAUGGCUUGAGCAACAAGAUGCUUCCGGAACAGAAAAAAUUAUGCAAAAAUUGAUGUUUGGUUCAAAGCUAAGAGAAACAACGUCUUUCGGAGAGAAACAUGCAGAAGAAGAGGAAGAUCAAGAGUCUGAUGAUGAAGCUGCAGAUGUACUAGGCAACAAUUCUGACUCUGGUUCACCAAAAAAAGUCUCGGUGCAAAUGAAUUUAAGAAUAGCGAAGCAAAUGAUUUCUCAAAUGUUUACCGAUAAUGAUGUAUAUGUGUCAUCAGAUGAUGAUGAUGAUGUUGAUGAUGAACCAGAAAAGAGACCAGCUAAACCAUGCUCAUUCGACAAAGCUGAAGAGCAGGCAAAUUUCUUGUCACCGGCUGAGGAUGAAAGUUGUAGCGAAGUUUUUGGUCGUAUAAAGAAGAUGAAUAUUAUGCCUGACACUAAGAAGAGCAAAACACCUGCUGCUUCUAGUAUUCAGCUCAAGGGAGGAAAUGGGAUCAUACCAAAGUCAUCAUUCAUACGGGAAUCAAAUCUUUCUCUGCCUUCAUCCCGUAAGCGUGGAUUAAGCACAGCUCGCUGCUCUUUUAUCUUUGGAAGAGAUGACAGCAAUAGCAUGAGCACAAUCUCAGUGUCAGAGGAUUCUUCAGAUACGUUUCAGAGAGAGACUACACCAGCAAGAACUACAGCGAAGUUCAGUAGUUCCCAAAUGAAGAGUCGUAAAGAGAAAUCACCACCUGAAGCUGUUGUGAAGACUGAUGCUUCAUUCUUUGAGAUAUUGAGGCAAAAUUCCUUGCAUUCAAAGCGCAGCAUUGACGAAACGAUUCAAACCAUAUCAGUUGAUCAAACAAUUGACACCAAAUCUGUUGAUCAAACAAUUCACAGGGAAUCCGUUAUUCAAAAGAAAAGAACAGACGUGGUUGAUAGAACAAUUCAAUCAGCAUUUGCUUCAUUCAGAUUGGGAAGAGUUCAGUCGAGGCAAACGAAGAACCUAGUUUCUAUGCAAAACUAA